GGCGGACGCAUGCGUAGACCUGUUGCCAAGGCGCCGGGAGAUCUUCCCCUCCCACCUCCCCCGCCGUCUAGCGCCGCCGCCGAGGGGCGCGUGCCUCCUCGCUUCCCCACGCUCCCGCCCGCUGAGCGCACUUCCGGUUCCCUCUGGCGGAGCAGAGCGGCGCGAAAGCCCGGGAGCGCGCAGGCGCGGGCGGAGUCCGGGGGGGCGGGGAGGGGCGGGGCGCAGGCGCGGACCGUCCCGCGGCGGGCGCCUGGCUGCGGGGCUCCCGCCUGCAUUCGGGCGGGUGUGCCCUGCUUGGCGGCCGGGCGAGCGGUGGCCGAGGUCCGACGCCCUCAGGGUGGCCUUCGUGUCGUGACAGCCGCGGCGACUAGCUUCCCCGGGGUGACCGCGACUUGUUGGAGAUCUGAUGGCCAAAAGAAAGGAAGAAAAUUUCUGUUCUCCUGAAAAUGCUAAAAGACCAAGACAAGAAGAACUGGAAGAUUUUGAUAAAGACGGAGAUGAGGAUGAAUGUACAAUUUCUUUCACAAAUGGAACAUCUCCUUUGACUGCAGCAGAAGUUGGAAUAAUUGAGAGUAUUCAGCUAAGAAAUUUCAUGUGCCAUUCAAUGCUUGGACCUUUUAAGUUUGGUUCUAAUGUCAACUUUGUUGUUGGCAAUAAUGGAAGUGGGAAGAGUGCCGUGCUCACCGCACUCAUAGUUGGUCUUGGUGGAAAAGCAGUUGCUACUAACAGAGGAUCCUCUUUAAAAGGCUUUGUGAAAGCUGGACAGAACUCAGCAGAUAUCUCAAUAACAUUAAGGAACAGAGGAGAUGAUGCCUUCAGGGCAAAUGUGUAUGGUGACUCUAUAGUUGUGCAGCAACAUAUUAGCGUGGAUGGAAGUCGAUCUUACAAACUAAAAAGUGAAAAAGGCACCGUGGUUUCUACUAGGAAAGAAGAGCUGAUCGCAAUUCUUGACCAUUUUAACAUCCAGGUGGAUAAUCCGGUUUCUGUUUUAACACAAGAGAUGAGCAAGCAGUUCUUACAGUCCAAAAAUGAGGGAGACAAAUACAAAUUCUUCAUGAAAGCAACCCAGCUCGAACAGAUGAAGGAAGAUUAUUCAUAUAUUAUGGAAACAAAAGAAAGAACAAAGGAACAAAUAAAUCAGGGAGAAGAGCGACUUACUGAACUAAAGCACCAGUGUUUGGAGAAAGAGGAACGUUUUCAAAAUAUUGCUGGUUUAAGUACAAUGAAGACUAAUUUAGAGUACUUGAAACAUGAAAUGGCUUGGGCAGUGGUCAAUGAAAUUGAAAAACAAUUGAAUGCUAUUCGAGAUAAUAUCAAAAUUGGAGAAGAACGUGCUGCCAAACUUGACAGGAAAAUGGAAGAGCAGCAGGUCAGACUUAAUGAUGCAGAAAAAAAGUACAAAGAUAUACAAGAUAAACUAGAAAAAAUUAGUGAAGAGACAAAUGCACGAGCACCAGAAUGUAUGGCAUUGAAAACAGAUGUCAUUGCAAGGACAAGAGCCUUUAAUGAUGCUGAGGUUUUAUAUAACCGUUCCCUAAAUGAAUAUAAAGCAUUAAAAAAAGAUGGUGAACAGCUUUGUAAAAGAAUUGAAGAACUGAAGAAAAGUACUGAUCAGUCAUUAGAACCAGAGCGAUUGGAAAGGCAAAAAAGGAUCUGCUGGUUAAAAGAGAAAGUAAAGGCCUUACAGGAUCAGGAAAAUACAGUCAAUCAGGAGGUUGAACAGUUUGAGCAAGCCAUAGAAAAGGACAAACAAGAACAUGUCCGAAUUAAGAGAGAAGAUAUAGAAGUGAGACAUGCACUCAACUAUAAUCAGAGACAAUUGAAAGAACUGAAAGAAAGUAAAACUGAUCGACUAAAAAGAUUUGGUCCUCAUGUUCCAGCUCUUCUGGAAGCAAUAGAUGAUGCUUACAGAAGGAGACAGUUUACCCAUAAACCUAUCGGCCCUUUAGGUGCUUGCAUUCAUCUACGGGACCCUGAACUUGCUUUGGCCAUUGAAUCUUGCUUAAAAGGACUUCUACAAGCCUAUUGUUGCCAUAAUCAUGCUGAUGAGAGAGUACUUCAGUCGUUGAUGAAAAAAUUUUAUCCACCAGGGACCUCUCGGCCACAGAUAAUUGUUUCUGAGUUUCGGAAUGAGGUAUAUGAUGUGAGACUCAGAGCUGCUUACCAUCCAGACUUUCCAACUGUUCUGACAGCUUUAGAAAUAGACAACGCUGUUGUGGCAAACAGCCUGAUUGACAUGCGGAGCAUAGAGACAGUGCUGCUGAUCAAGAAUAAUUCUGUGGCUCGUGCAGUCAUGCAGUCCCAAAAGCCACCCAAAAAUUGUAGAGAAGCCUUUACUGCUGAUGGUGAUCAAGUGUUUGCAGGACGUUAUUAUUCAUCUGAAAGUACAAGACCCAAGUUUCUAAGCCGAGAUGUGGAUUCUGAAAUAAGUGACUUGGAGACUGAGAUUGAAAAUAAAAAGGGCCACGUUAUAGAUCUUCAGCACCGUCUGUCUGCUCUUGAGAAGGAUAUUAAACGCAAUGAAGAACUUCUUAAAAGGUGCCAACUACAUUAUAAAGAAAUAAAGAUGAAAAUAAGAAAACAUAUUUCUGAAAUUCGGGAACUUGAGAAUAUAGAAGAACACCAGUCUGUAGAUAUAGCAACCUUGGAAGAUGAAGCUGAAGAAAAUAAAAUAAAAAUGCAAAUGGUGGAGAAAAAUAUGGAACAACAAAAAGAAAACAUGGAGAAUCUUAAAAGUCUAAAAAUUGAAGCAGAAAAUAAGUAUGAUACAAUUAAAUUGAAGAUUAAUCAGCUAUCAGAACUAGCAGAUCCACUUAAGGAUGAAUUAAAUCUUGCUGACUCUGAAGUGGAUAGCCAGAAACGAGGAAAGCAGCAUUAUGAGGAUAAACAGAAAGAACAUUUGGAUACCUUAAAUAAAAAGAGAAGAGAACUUGACAUGAAGGAAAAGGAGCUACAGGAGAAAAUGUCACAAGCAAGACAGAUCUGCCCAGAACGAAUAGAAGUAAAGAAAUCUGCGUCAAUUCUAGACAAAGAAAUUAGUCGGUUAAGACAAAAAAUUCAGGCAGAACAUGCCAGUCAUGGAGAUCGGGAGGAAAUAAUGAAGCAGUACCAAGAAGCAAGAGAAACCUAUCUUGAUCUGGAUAAUAAAGUAAGGACUUUAAGAAGGUUCAUUAAAUUACUAGAAGAAAUAAUGACCCAUAGGUACAAAACAUACCAACAAUUUAGAAGGUGUUUGACAUUACGAUGCAAAUUAUACUUUGACAACUUACUAUCUCAGCGUGCUUAUUGUGGAAAAAUGAAUUUUGACCACAAGAAUGAAACUCUUAGUAUAUCAGUCCAGCCCGGAGAGGGAAACAAAGCCUCCUUCAAUGACAUGCGUGCUUUGUCCGGCGGUGAGCGCUCUUUCUCCACAGUGUGCUUCAUCCUUUCCCUGUGGUCCAUUGCCGAAUCACCUUUCAGAUGCCUGGAUGAGUUUGAUGUCUACAUGGAUAUGGUUAAUAGGAGAAUUGCAAUGGACAUGAUCCUUAAGAUGGCAGAUUCCCAACGUUUUAGACAAUUUAUCUUGCUUACCCCUCAAAGCAUGAGCUCACUUCCUUCGAGUAAACUAAUUAGAAUUCUUCGAAUGUCCGACCCUGAAAGAGGGCAAACCACAUUGCCCUUCCGACCCGUGACUCAAGAGGAAGAUGACAAUGCAAGUUGACAGCUUAGUGCCUUGCCCUCGUCCUGAAGGGGAAUCGUGAGGGGAGUAAUCUGGACAGGUGGAUGGAGUAACAUGAGACAGAAGGUACCCUGAAGUAACGAAGCUCCUUAAUAUGACCCAUCGACUGUGUAAAUAAGCCUAGAAAACCAGCUGCUGCCAAGAGUUUAAAAUUAACAUUGCUUUUCCUUGUGAAAACCAAUUUCAUAAUACUGGUUUUAAAUCUUUUUAUGUUUGUUUGCUUUGGAGUUUCUGUGUUUUGUUUGUUUUUACCAUCUACUUUUAUAAAUUUUUUCAGGAGUAAAAUUUUUGUACAUAAUGCACAUGUACAUAUCUGUUCAGUUUGGGUUUAUUUCUAUAGUAUUUUGUAAGAAUUAAAAUAAAAGUUUGAGCACCUGAUGUUUAGUUUUGCGUUUCCAGGUUGUUACAGUCUAGUUUUAUAAAGUGUCUGUGGCAAAAAAAAAAAAAAAAAAUUGCAUAUGUCCGUGGAAAGAGUAGUUUCUCAGCAUGGGAUGGGGGGUGCAGUGAGUGAGAACAGGUUAGGCUGGACAUACUGAUGUUUACGUUAGAGAUCUGCAUAAGGCUGGUGAUACUGGCAAGAUCUCUGCUUGCCAUUGUUUUUUUAACCCUGUGGUACAACUGUAGAUUUGGAUACAGUUUUUAAUCACUACACUUCAUCAGUUAUAAGAUCUUCUCCACUAGUGACACUUUUAUGCAGCCUUGAAGCACUGCCAGCUGUGACAAGUGCUUUCUCCUUUGUCCUUUAACUAUCCUCCUCUCAAGAAAGAUAGCAUGGCUGUGACAGUUUCCACUUUGGCCUGUAGCAUGGUGGCCAAGUUGUAAAAGCCCUCACUUUUUGGUGGGUGCAGCCACUGGGAUGGUAGAUGCAAGAAGAUCACAAGUUCAAGGCCAGCCUGGACAGCUUGGCCUCUGUCUUAAAAUGAAAAUGAAUUUGAGGCCUGAAAAUACAGCGUAGUGGCCUACCAGGGCUGGAGAAACCGCAAGCUGGGUGCCGGGGUCAGGGAGAGGAGCCGGGGCGUUGAGUCGGAAUCAACGUUCCAUGCGAGAUGAUAGAAGAUACACCCUGAACUUAGAGACAGUAAAAUGUCCACAACGAUCAGUUUCCUGUAAAAAAAAAAAAAAAGUAUUUGUGAAUUUUUUUUUAAAGAAAAUAGUGUGUUCGUUCCUGUGUUCUGUUUCCUAUCGGUAGCAGCAAAAGCAUUCCUUUUAUUACCAGCAAUAAAUUAGAAUACAUAUUUAUGAACUUGAAAAGGAAGUAUUUUAAGAAAAGUACUAUUUUUAAAAGCAAGUAUAAUUCUAUAGUUAUUGAUAAAACCUGAGUUUUGUUUUGGUGGGGAAGAGAAUGUAUUCUUAGAAUACAAUAGUUGCCAAAAAUUCAAAAACAUUUCUACUCUAAGAAUAUAGGAGAAAACUGUUGUUUUAAACUUUCCCCACCAACCAUAAGCAGUAUAACUCGUUUGUAUCAGAACUAUUUUAACAUAACAUACAUUUUUUCAAAUAAAUAAAAAUGAAGUGAGACCAGUGCAUUAAUUUUAAUUAGUGAAGGAGUUUGAGUGUUUUGACUUUUUGUGGUAGUUUUAAAUGUGCUUCUACAGAAUGAGAAAUGCAGCCCUCAGAUCCUGUGCAUCUCCUGACGAAGACAAUGCAUUAUGCGAAAUGAAACCCUCAGAUAUGAGCAUCUCCUGCUGAAGACAGUAUUAUUGAUUUGGCCUCAGAAAGCUUUGGUUUCAAUCAUAAAUGAAGUCUUCAUCUAAUGUUCUAAGGAGUAAUAACAUCCAUUGGAAAACAAAAA